CGCCCACCGAGCUUCAGGCGUCGCAGUGCGACCGCUCUAAUUAUCUGGUACCUAGCAUCUCCUCUCUAGUGGCCUAGCUUCACUGCAGAUACCAAAGACACCCGAGAGUUUAAGGAAGAUGCUUGCCAGCCUGCCCCAGAAGAUCGCGAUUCCCUUUAACCUGCUCGGCGAUGAGGCCAAGCUCGCAUUCCGCAGCCACCCUGGGGGCAUCGCCAAGCUGGCUACAACUCGCCAUAUCUUGGAGACCGAUUCAUAUUGGGAUCAAUAUGUCACUCUGUUCGAUUCAGCGUCGGACGUAUUCACCCUAAUCUCACACAACGAUGUCCGUCGCGCUCUGUAUGACGCGCCAGAGAACGUGGCGAUGUUAAUACGCGUUGUUACCUCCCGCCUGUUCAACCUUGUGUCGGACCACACAUUCCCCAGCGCUCCCAAUACGACGAUGACUUCAUUCGCGUCAUCCUUCAUGAAGGUUACACACCAGCGCAACACCACUAAGGAGGCGCUGAACUGCAUACGAGUCCUACAGCGCGUCCUUCCGGUGGCCUUCGAACUCGAGAGCGAGACUAGUCGGCUGGAAAUGGAGGUUUUCUGGAAGAGAGAAGAAGUGACUGCACAAAGCAUUAUGUCUUCUUCAUCACACGCUGAUCCGCAGUUCGUGAUCGACGACGAGGACGACGAGGACGAGGGUGGUCAGGCCGGCUCCUCCACUAAGGCCCAAGCACCGGAAAGCAAGGAGAGACGCUACCUUCCUUCUCUAGCGGAAAAACUCUUCAGCUGUAUUAUCGAUCUCAUGUUCUGCUGCGGCUUUACUCUGCCGACUAAGCUCCAGGUGGACCACUACAAAAUUAGCUAUGUCAUUUGGGAAACAGGUGUUGGAUCAACGGUAGAUCCAGGACCCAGCCAGCCGUACGAGUCCAAUCGAACAGAAGUGUUGCGACUUCUCCUUGUCCUCCUCUCGAAGCAGAUAUACGCACCGCCUGUUUCUCUAUUCACCUGUCCUUCCCUCUACUCUCUGCAGUUCGUGCAGAAGACACCGAGGCGUCAUGUUCUGACUGUCCUUUGUUCGCUCAUGAACACUGCCCUGCAUGCGCCGCAAGCUGGCGUUGCUAACCUCGUAGGAAGCGUCGCGGGCAAACUCCCCUACAAUCACCUCGUCUUCAAGGGCGAGGACCCUCACAGCACCUUGAUUGGAACGUGCCUCCAGACACUCUGCGUGCUCCUCGACUUCCAGAGUGGUACUGCUAGAGACGCUGUAGUAGACAGCGAAGGAGGUCAGUCGCAUGCGCCUACUUCGAAGACCAAUGCAUUCAGGUAUUUCGUGGCGAAACUGCACCGCCCCAACGACUUCACGUUCAUACUACAAGGCGUUGUUGUUAUCUUCGAACAGCAGAUGGCUUCCAUGAACAAUUUGCUACCAGGCUCAAAGCGAUCAGUCCCGUAUAUCGCUGAAACGGUCGUAUUCUUGUGGAAAAUGAUCGAUUUGAACAAGAAAUUCCGCGCCUACGUCCUCGACUCGGACAAAGCUACCGAUAUACUUGCUUACCUGCUUUGCUAUGGGAUUGAGAUCAAGGAUAAGCCGCAACAACACGGUCUGUGCCGUACAAUUUCGUACAUCGUGCAGAGCAUCUCUGCGGAGCGUGCAUUUGGUCAGAAGCUUGUCUCACCAAUUAAGGCUCAGCUCCCGCAGAAAUGGAGCAACCUAGGCACUGCGGCCGACGUCAUGAUUCAUGCCAUCUAUUCCAUGGUAGCGACCACGUCGGGUGCUCUCAACUCCCUGUACCCCGCGUUGAUCAUCGCGCUCUCUAACUCUGCCCCUUACUUCAAGAAUCUCAGUGUCACUGCAUCGACACGCCUCAUCCAGCUAUUCACCGCGUUCUCCAACCCCUCCUUCCUUUUAGCGGAUGGAGGACACCCGCGCUUGCUCUUCUUCAUGCUCGAAACGUUCAACUCUGUGCUCCUGCGGAAUCUGUCCGACAACCCCAAUCUGGUAUAUGGCAUCCUCCAUGCGCACAAGACAUUCGAGGACCUCGGGACGUUCACCUUGGCUAGAGGUUUGCGCGAGAUCCGGCGCAUCCAGCAAGCCAAGGAGGAACGCGCGAAGGCAGGGGAAGGCAACGCGGACAAGGGCAAAGGCAGAGCGGACGAGCCGGACGAAGAGCAACCUCACGAAGAGAAGGCGAGGUUGUUGCGCAACGAGAGCAACGCUGAGUUCCCGUCGAACGCUGGCUCGACCGAGAACACGAGACCGAACUCAGAAGACGAGGCUGUCACCGCCAUGCCGCUGAUGUCUCCGACGCUCGGAGAACAGCCGCUGAGUGGGCGAGCAGCGGAACCGUCGGAGAAGGCUAGGGGCAAGAUGAGAGCUGGGAUGGCGAUGUCCUUGGAAAUGACGGGCAGCCUCGAGAGCCUUGCGGCGACAGCGGUCGGCCGCAAUGGCUUCGUGCCCACGCAAGAAUGGGUGACAUCGUGGCAACAAGGUCUGCCCCUCGAUGUCAUUAUGCUUGUCAUCUCAGAGCUGCUUCCCAAGAUCCAAGAACUGCAGAAUUCACUGAACCCAGCCAACGCGAAUGGUGCCGUCGUAGACCUGAUCAAAAGUACAAACCUCCAACAUAUCUUACCCAAGCCCGGACCUGUCUCGGCGCGGCGCUUCGUGUGGUCCGAUGCGUCCAUCGUCUGGCUCACAUCUCUGAUUUGGGGAGAGAUCUACGUCCGUGGGAUGAGCCCGUUGGGCAUCUGGAACUCAACCAACGUACGACUCUUCUUCGUGAAACAUACGGAAACACAAACGCGGCCUAUUACGGAGGCUGUCACCAACGCGGUUGGAGGUCUGUUGAGCAGGUCUCAGUCGUCACAGUCCAUUGCCAACCGGCAACGACCAUCCUGAGCUGUUCAUCAGCAGUACCAUGAGACUUUACUUUGCGAUACUUGUAGGAAUUUGUGACUCUCUGGUUGUACGAGUCUUGGAAAGAGUGUAUAUGCUAUGACAUAUUAUUCGGUCGUCCCCUCA